AUGGCUUUCUCCCAAUCACCCAAUCAUAGCCUCAUUUCCAUUUAUACGUAUUCCCAUUUCACACAAAAAUCACACGAUAGAAAGCACACACAACAUUUCUGAUUUCCCGGCAACUAAAUUUCUUUUGCUUAGAUUCCUCCUCCCUUCAACAGAUUCCCCGAUCAUUCCUCCAAAAUGUAUCGUCUUCCGCACCAUCGUCGUCAACGGCAGAGGCCGAAUAAUGGAUUCCUGGGCAAAAUGUGUAAGGAUUUCCAGCAUAUGUCGUGGGGCCCCAGCGGUCGUCCCAUGUUUGAUUUUAUGGUGCUGUCGACAGUGCCAUUUAUUACGGAUGGGUUGCGUUUCUUCAAGCGAUGCCACAAGCCCGAUCGCCGGGAGUUUAAGCGCACUGCCGUGGUCGUCGGAGUGGGCAUCCUUCUCAUAGGUUUGGUGGGAUAUAUCGUGAAGCUGCUGCAGAUACCCAUGAUCCUGAGCUCCUAUCAAAAUGAAAAAUAAAGUUUCAGUCUACCCCGA